AUGAGUGAUGAGACCCAAAUCAACAUUACCAAUGCUAGAAACACCAUCGACCCUGUCAACACGGGAUCUGGAAACAAAGUUGACAUCAAUCAUCAUUUUCACCUUCAACCUUCAGAUGCACCAGGGCAGACCCUAGUGAAUACCUCAUUUGAUGGAAGAGGUUUUCCUGGAUGUCGAAGAUCUGUCCUCAUAGAUCUCUCAGCUAAGAAUAAGCUGGGUUUUAUCAAUGGAUCCAUCACACCACCAGAUCUGAAUACAUCAAACUACCAACAGUGGAGUCGAUGCAAUCAUAUGGUUACUUUUUGGCUUCUGAAUUCUGUCUCCAAAGAUAUAGAAGGCAAUGCAAUCUGCUCCAAAACAUCUAGAGAUAUGUGGAUGAGUCUUGAGCAUAGGCUUGGGAAAACAAGUGGAGCUAAGUUGUUUCAUCUACAAAAAGAGAUCAUAGGAUCAGUACAAGGUACACUUGAUAUUUCUACAUAUUUUACUAGGCUCAAACGUCUAUGGGAUGAGCUAGAUUCGCUGAAUGCGGAUGUAGUGUGCACUUGUGUUUGUAUAUGUGAAGGGCAAAAAAAAUUAACCAAAUCGCUGCAGGAUCAAAGACUUGUGCAAUUUUUAAUGGGUUUGACUGAUGUGUAUUCCAAUGUUAGGAGUAUCAUACUCAUGUCAAACUAUCUUCCCACACUUGAUUAUACUUGUUAUCUAUUGCUACAAGAUGAGAAUCAAAGGGAAGUGUUUGCUAAUGCUCAUUUUCCUAGUGAGACUGUUUCAGUCAUGGUAGGUAUAACUGCAAGUCCUAUACAGAAGCAAGGGAAACAAGCUCAAAGGAAUGUUUUCCCAUUGCAGAGGCAAAAAGGAAACCAAUUCAGAAAUAAAGGAAGAAAGACAAAAUUUAACCCUGAUGUGACCUGCAAUCACUGCAUUAAGAUAGGGCAUAUAAAAGAAGAUUGUCACAGGUUGAUAGGGUAUCCUGAUGAUUUUUAA